AUGUCCUCGAAAUCAGGAUUGCAGUCCCGCAGCAAUGCAGCUGCCCCCAAAGGUCUGCACGCAGACACGCUCGACAAGUACGAUGAUCUCUCCGACCCCAUCCCCACCGAAGAACAAGAAUCACUCCUUCGCGAACUAAAAGCUUCCAACGACAAAUCCAACUACUUCUACCGAGCAUCCCUCCUCUUUAUGAACAUUCUCGUUUUCAUCGCCUACCUCACCCCUAUCCCAUCCUACAUCGCAGGCACUCACCCCGAAAACCAUCUCACCCUCUUCCACCACGGAGUUCACGUCAUUGGCACCGAAGAUCAUCUCACCUACCUCCCCGCCUUCCCCAUCUACCUCCUCUUUGCCGGCAUCCAAUCGUACUUCCUCUACCUAGCAUCCUUCGAACUCCUCUCUCUUAUGGGCCAUGAUUCAUUCAUCGCCAAGCUCUCGGACCGUAACCCCGCUUUCUACCGUUCACACCCCUUCGGCACUGCUCCAGGUUACCUCAUCGGCACACUCUCCGAACUCCGCUAUUCUACAGGAAACAAUAUCAAACUCAACGAAAGGGCAGAUCAACCACCUGAAGCAACCAAUUCGGAUUCAAAAGCUUUCGCUGAUAUGCUGAGCAAUCCAAGAUUGUUGUACUUGUGGUUUGUGUUCAUCGGGAGCUGUCCCUUGCCGUUGUUGGUAUUUGGAGCUGGUAACUUUAGUAAUGCCGGUUGGUUCAGUCUUACCCCUGCGGUAGUUGGGGUGAUAUUGGCGACCGAGACUUGGAUCAGGAGGUCAGAGAACCAGUUGUUGGGUUUGGAUGGGUUGAAGUAUGAUCAUAAAUCGGCGUAG